CGCGCCGCUGGGCUUUCUCGGCAGAUGCUCCCGCGCAUUCCCGCUGCCCUUUCCUGGCGGCCGGCUUUCUGUCCUGGAGUGUUUGCGGUCCGAGCCCGGAAACGUGGCUGCGGGGAGCCCGACCUCUCCUCCGCGGGACCUGCGGCGGCAACGUCAGCGACGCCCGGCGGGCGCCGGUCGGUCAGCCGUUCCUCGGCGGUGGUACCUCUGGUCCUGGAGCCUGUGUGUGACGUUACACGGUGUCCUCUCUCGAUAAAUACUUGUGAAACGGGGGAGGCAGGGAAGCGUGGUCAUGCAGUGGAUUUGAGUUGGCCUGAUAACUGCAAAGGCAGCAGCUCAGCACAGCCUCUCCGAGGGGGAAAAGGUCUGAGAAUAUUUCCUGGAUUUGGGAUUACACUCUUUCAAAACCCACUUUUGCCUUGUGCUGAAUCCACAAUGUUUGGAAGAUUGACUCUCCCACAACUGCUUUUUGCCAGUUUACUUGGAGUUACUGGAGGAAUUUAUAUUUAUCAACCAAUAUUUGAACAAUAUUCCAAAAAUCAACAGGCAUUAAAAGAAAGGGCGAAAUUGUCACAUGAAUCCGAAGAGAAGAAGAGUUAAGACUGCGUGGAAUUGAAUGAACUGUACUAUUGCUUAAAGGUCUUUUGAAAUUUUAUAUAAGUAGUCCUGUAACUAGUCUAGUGAAACCUCAUUUUAAACAUUUAAAAAAAAUCAAGGAAAAUAAUUUAAAUGCCUUUUGUCAACUGUCAAUUUUAAUGGUUAAUAUACUUUAAUUGUCAUUUUAUGCCUUAUAUUGAGAUGGAUUAAUGAUUUCUCUUAAGUAAAAAUGAAUAUCUUAAGGAC